AUGCUCUCAUGCCAGCAAAAGGAUGACGAGGCUGCUCUUGUAUCUGGCAUGCGUACUCCCGGCUGUCGUCCAGAUAGCGGCCGCCUCGCCAUGGGAUAGCAGCAAGCUCAAGGCUCAGCCGAUUGGCCGAGUGAAAGGCCCCAGCGGCCUCUUAUUUCACGAUGGAUCCAUCCUGGUCGGCCAGAACAACACCAUCUCCAUUUACGUGACGUUCUACGGCAACUUCACAAAGGUGCAGAGAAGAACUAUCAGGUCCUUCCUCAGGUCCUUCCAGUCGCAAGAGAAGAAGCUAUCGCCGCCGCUGCCAAAGCCACUCAAAUCGCCACCGCCAUCACCGCCACCUCCUUCUCCACCUCCACCACCGCCUCCGUCACUAAAGAAUCCUCCAAAGUCGAAUAAAUCGCCACCACCGCCGCCGCCGCCACCUUCUCCACCACCUCCCUCUCCACCUCCACCUCCACCUCCACCACCGCCAUCUCCACCUCCGCCUUCUCCGCCACCUCCAUCACUACCGCUGCCACUGCCACCGAAGAAGUCUCCACCGAAGCCACCAAGGCCAUCGCCGUUAUCGGAGCAUCAGCCAGCAUUCAAGUCCGAGAGGCCUCCAGCGGCUCCGACGGUCGCGCGAUGGUGGGAGAUAACCAAAAGCUACGUCAACCGGAAGGGCGCUACCGUGGGACGACUCGUCAGGCGGGGACGGGAGGUCCGAGACAAGUCCUACUCCAUGGGAAAGGAGCUCAACUUGACGCAGAUUGAGACGAUGAUCCUGCGCUUGCUGGGCCACUUCCCGACCGAUCCCCAGGGAAUCUAUCUGCUGCUCCUCGCGGACGACGUCAAAGUGAAAGGCCUGUGCAAGCAGUUUUGCGGACAGCACUCGUUCGUGGUUCCCCAGUCCGCCACCGACCGGAAAGGCCUUGCUUACGCUUGGAUCGCCAACACCGAGAAGCGAUGCCCAGCAACUUGUAGCUGGCCUUUCGGGAGCUCCAAGCCGAAGCCCUUGCCGCCGCCAAAGAAAGAAGGAAAGAAGCCGCCACCGCCGCCGCAGCAGCAAGUCAAGGGGCUCGUUCCGCCAAACGGGGACGUCGGGAUCGAUGGCAUGAUCGUCAACAUUGCCGAGAUGCUGUCGUCGGUGGCCACGAAUCCGUUCCUGAACGGAUACUACUCGCUCCAGGGGAAGAAUGUGAUGAGCGAGGCCGUGGGCUUCUGCAAGGACAGGAAGGCUCUCCCGGACGACUUGCUGCGGAACAAGACCACCGGAGCCAGCUUCAACGUCUUCGGCUAUCGCAAGCGGCAGUUCCUGGUGCCAAAGAUGUAUAAUCCUGCGACCAGGAGGUGUGACUCCCAGGCAUAGAAGGUGGUGGAUGGAGGAUGGAUGGAGGAUGAAUAAGCCCCGGCCAGCGAUGGAGCGUGACGAAUAGAAGUAAGUUUCUGGAGUGUUGUCUGUGUUUUGCGCGAGCUCGGCUGUGAGAAUAAGAGAUCAAAUAAAAAAAAUGGCAAUACCUUGUA